AUGGAAAAAGUGACAGAAAUUACAGUUCAUCCAGACACAGAUAGACCAACUAAGGCCUGGGAAAAGAUCAAAGUUCAACAGAAACAGAGAAAAAUCAAACCAAUGGACUCGACUACGCCUAUUAGUGAGGAUAAAAUACGUUUUGUGUGUAUAUCAGACACCCAUACAGUGUUAGAGAAAACUCCAGAUUAUCAUCUGCCUCCUGGUGAUGUUUUGAUACACGCUGGAGACUUUUCAAACAUCGGUAGACCUAAUGAAAUUCAAAGGUUUAAUACUUAUUUAGGUACUCUACCAUAUAAAGUAAAAAUAGUGAUAGCUGGAAACCACGAUAUGACUUUUGAUGCUGAAAUGGUAGAGAAUCAUAGAGCCAGAAUGUUUCAUUCCUUUUGUAUUACCACAGCUGUAUUAGAAGAUAAACUGAAAGAAUACAAUAUCUCAAGUGUUAAAGAAUUGUUAAAGAAUUGUAUUUAUCUUGAAGAUCAAGAACUGACAUUAUGUGGUAUAAAAUUUUAUGGAACUCCCUGGCAGCCUGAAUUUGGUGGUUGGGGUUUCAAUCUAAAACGUGGUCGAGAAUGUUUAGAUAAAUGGAAUCUUAUACCAGAUAAUACUGAUAUUUUAAUAAGUCAUGGUCCUCCUAUAGGUUAUGGAGAUAAAUGUUUUGGAGAGAAUAGAGCAGGAUGUGUUGAAUUACUAUCAACUAUACAGAAAAGGGUACAACCUAAAUAUUUGGUCAUAUAUUUUCAUCAGUCUUCUUAUGGAGUUACUACAGAUGGCAGAACAACUUAUAUCAAUGCAUCAACAUGUACUUUACGUUAUAAAGCUAGUAAUCCACCAAUAGUAUUUGAUUAUCCUAUACCUGAUGGACAUACUAAAUCAGAAUUAUUAAAUUUCCGAAGAUAA